GUAAUUCAGCCCAAAGCAUCUGAACACAUGCAGGAAUGUUUACAAUUCUUAAGUUCAUGAGGUGUCUUUGAAGGCAUCUUUUAACUGGAAGUGCACAGAGUAGAAAGAAGUUAUUUAGAUUGGCAUGUCGCAUCGAUGUCGCAGAGCAGCCAACAUAAUGACUGAUUGUUGUGGUGCGUGAUGGUGCGUAGCAGCUCGUACACAUCCAGCAUGUGCACAGGCUGUGGUGUUGCUGUGAUACUACCAACAGGCGGGACUGUGGCUCCGCAGUGUGUGUGUGUGUGUGUGUGUGUGUGUGUGUGUGCGAGCUGCACAGCUGGAACCCGAGCAGAAAGCUGGUACGCGGUCCAGCUGCGACCAGAUGACUGCAACACCAACACACACAUCUCCUCCACAACUUGCUGCAUAAAGUGCGCCAGGAGGGGGACUUGUUGGGUUAAUGUGCCGUGAAGAAAAAAAAAAACCCGCAUAGCUCAGUCAGAGGAGCGUCUGCAGCAACUCUGAAGAAGGAUCCGAGCGUCUCCUGAUGAGUGCCUCUCUCUUGACCUGGUGUCCCUGCUUCGUCGCCUUCACACGCGUUUUGAGUUCCUGCUUGUGAUGUAACGUUUUUUCAUCUCAGUGCUCACUCUACAACUGUUAUCACUGAAGCCUCCUCUAGAAGAGUAUGGGACCCUUCAAACUCUAAAGAGGCACGAGAGUCGACCCAGAGAGAGUAACGAGGGGAAUACCUGAGAGGAGAGAGAGCAAGGAUGGAGUCCAUACUAUCGGAGCAGUCGGCCACAGUGGACGAGCUGGUGGAGGCCUGCAUACAAGCAUUUGAUGAAAAGGGCACUUUGAAGGACAUUAACUUGGUCCGCAUGUUCCUCAUGAUGCAACCUUGGUACGUCCCUUCAACGGACAUGGCUCAGCAGCUGGUGCUCAAAUCUCAAGACGAGAGCUGUUCUGCAGAGCGCCGGACAAGAAUAUGUCACCUUGUCAAGUACUGGAUCACUGAGUUUCCAGCAGAGUUCAAUCUGAACCCAGAGCUGGCCGACCAGAUCAAAGACUUUAAAGACCUCCUGACCACCGAGGGAAACCAGAGCCAGAGUCAGCUCAUUGACCUCGACAGUGUGCCGUCAUAUCAAUGGAAGCGGCAGGUGACUCAGCGUGUCCCAUCAGUGUCCAAAAAGAGGAAGAUGUCCCUUCUGUUUGACCACCUGGAUUCCUGUGAACUGGCUGAACACCUGACCUACCUGGAGUACAAAUCCUUCUGCAAGAUCCUGUUUCAGGAUUACCACAGCUUUGUGAUGCACGGCUGCACAGUGGAUAACCCCAUCCUGGAGCGCUUCAUCACCCUCUUCAACAGUGUCUCCCAGUGGAUCCAGCUCAUGGUGCUCAGCAAGCCCACCGCCCCGCAGAGAGCUGCCGUCAUCUCCCACUUCAUCAGAGUGGCACAGAAGCUCCUACAAUUGCAGAACUUCAACACCCUGAUGGCGGUGGUGGGCGGCCUCAGCAACAGCUCCAUCUCCCGCCUCAAAGACACGCAGACCCACAUCAGCGCAGAGACCAACAAGAUUUUUAACAACCUGAUCGAACUGGUGACAUCAUGCGGAAACUACAGUCAGUACCGCAAACGCUUCUCCGAGUGCGCCGGCUUCCGCUUCCCCAUCCUCGGCGUGCACCUGAAAGACCUCAUCGCCGUGCAUGUGGCGCUGACCGACUGGGCGGACAAAGAGAAAACACGCGUCAACCUCACUAAGACCCAACAGCUGUACACCAUACUGCGAGAGCUGGCCAUGAUACAGACCACGCCGCCCAGCAUCGAUGCCAACACAGACCUGCUCAACCUGCUCACGGUGUCUCUGGAUCAGUACCACACAGAGGAGGAGAUCUAUCAGAUGUCUCUACAGAGAGAGCCUCGUAAACCAGCGCAGAACUCCAGCCCUGCCCCCGUGCCUGAACCCAAGCCCACCAUGAUCGAUGAGUGGGCCGUGUCCGUGAAGCCCAACGCCGACCCGACCAUCAUCAAGAAGCACAUCGAGAAGAUGGUGGAGUCUGUCUUCAGGAACUUUGACACUGACGGUGACGGCAACAUCUCCAGGGAUGAGUUUGAAGCGAUCAGGAACAACUUCCCUUACCUCAGCAAGUUUGGAGAACUGGACAAGAACCAAGAUGGGCAGAUCAGCCGAGAGGAGAUGAUCGACUACUUCAUGAAAGCCAGCUCUCUGCUCAACUGCAAGAUGGGUUUCAUCCACACUUUCACCGAGGCGACCUACGUCAAGCCCACGUUCUGUGAGCACUGCGCUGGAUUUAUAUGGGGCUUCUACAAGCAAGGCUACAAAUGUAAAGCCUGCGGGGUCAACUGCCACAAGGCCUGUCGGAGCCGCCUGGCUGUCGAGUGCCGAAAGAGGACCAAGAGCAUCAGCCACGAGACGCCACCCAGCCUGCAGGCCAGAUCCUACAGCUUCCCUCCACCUGCCAACACCCCACCCAGCCUGCAGAACACAGUAAUUGCUGAGGAGGACAUAGAGUCAGUGGAGGAAGGAGUGUUUGAUGUCCACCUAUAACCAGACUCCCUCCUACGGGUGGUGUGUGCAAGGAGCCAAAUGAGCGUCUGUCAGGGGGGGGAGGCCAGACACAGAAUGUGCAACAGUAUGUCAGUUUCACAGCCCUCAACACUUGGGGAGGAAUUGCACUGAACACAAGCCAGGAUUACUACAUGCUGCCACUCGGUGGAAACUUACUGCAACAGCAAGUCCAGCUCAACUCCCAAGGAUCACGAGGACCAAUGUGAAUGGAAAAGUCUCCGUGUGAUUUCUGUGUACAAAUUUAGAUUCUCUUGUCAGCCAAAAGUGUGUCUGUAAAAACUUCCAGAAUAAUCCACAAAUUGUAUUUUAUUGUUGCUGGAAUGUUAAAGUCAGUGGAGUUUGCGGCUAAAUGUAAUCUUCUUUGUUUUUCUGUACAACAUAAAAGGGGUGCUGUUAUCGCCAAGAAUGUCAACUGCCACCCUGACUAGAAGAUACUUUUGUUUGUGUAUCAUCCUUUUAAAAAAAAGAUUUCUAUAUGGACUAAUAUUGGGACCAAUUUUGAUGUCAGAUAACAUAUUGUUGAUUUGUGGUGCUUGCCUGAAGCUUGAUGACAAAAACAACCAACAAAAGAAACAUCAGACUCUGUGGACAUUGAUGAUGAUGAGGAGGAUGGACUCUGAACAAAAUAUUUUUUGUCAUGUUUACCUGAAUAUCAGUAACUGUCCUAUCGGUAUUGCUUUUGUGAUGUUUUCAGUCUGCAGUAGCGUCUUGUAUCAGUGCACUGAUUGUACUGUGAAUGUAGCAAAAAGAGGAAAAAUGCUGCUGUUGGAUGAAGAACUCAUAAUCAGCAGAAAGCAAAACAGUUUUAACUACCUGCUAAUUCAUUCCCAUUAGGUUUUAGUGAGCUUUGAAGUUCCAUCAGUAAAAAAAAGAAGCCAAAAACUGGAGUAAUGAGACUGAAAUUGUUGAACAGCAGUGUAUAAAUAUAUGAUUUCCCUGAGAAUCUGUUUUUGAUGCAAGUGAUUAAGUAUUUUGCUGUUUUUUACCCCGCAUGCUUCCCUCUUCACAGCUCUAUUCUCCGGCCAGACGUCUCCAUUGCUGAGGAUUUUUUUUAUUUCUUAAAUGUAGCAUGCCGAGUCAUCAUUUAUUAAUCAAUUGUGAAGUCUUGAAAAUGCCUGAGAAGGGAACCGUUUCUGUCGCUUUGUGCCUGUGGAGAGAUGAAUUCCGACUUUGAGUGUCAUAUUGUUGACUUGCUGGUUUGAACAUUGAAUGAGACUCCGCUCGUCGCCGGUAUUUAUUUUUUUGUCUGUAUAAAUAGCUGAAUAGCUGCCGGUCCUUCUGUGUCACUCCCUACCUGAUGAAGGAUGUUUGUUGUCAUUCUGUGAAUGAAUCUUUCAGACUGAUGUCAUGCUAAUCCCUGUUGGUCCCCCUGAUGAUUCCUCAGUAUUAAAAGCAGCGAGCACCAUUCUAAUAUUUGUUCUGGUGAGGCUUUUGUGACUAAAAUGAAUGAAAAAUGAUGUCUUCAAA